GGGUGAUCCAUUCUUAUGAAAUUUGAAAAGACAAAAUGGACAUAAAUCAAAAUUGGCUUUUUAAAGCAGAAUCUCUUCUGUUUAUUUUGCUGGCCUAUUUUUAUGACAUUUCAUUCUGUUCAACAACAAGUCCGGGAAGUACAUUCACAACAACAACGACGUCAACAGUAUCACAAGUACCAACAACACUUGCAACCAAAUUCGAACCUCACGACAGUUCUAAAGUCUAUCUGUUCGCAGGUAUUUUUCUUGCGGCAGUCCCGGCACUUGUUCUUUGUAUGUGUCUUGUUCGAUCGCUCAUAUCACACCGCCGUGAGAAACGAAUUACUGACAAUGAAGAUGCAAACUUCCAGCACCCACCACCGUCACAGCCAGCUCCGAGACCUUUCCUCCAGCGUGAUAACACCAUUGCCGGUCCAUUUAGGAACCCAGCAUUUGAUGACGUCACUGAAGAUUCCGAUGAACGCUCAGGGGUUGUGACGCCAUCGUUUGUUUCGACACGCGUAGUUGAUGAACCUGGCUUCGGUAUACCAACUCCGCAGAAAAAGUACAAAUACAUUCCUUGAAACCCCACGAUGUUUUUACUGAGUAGAUUUUAAGAUUUACGAGGACAAAAACAGAAACAAAUUGACACUAUAAUAAACAGUUAUUUUAACAAUAAACAGUUAUAAUAUUGAAGAGAA